AUGGCUGAAGAGCAGAGCAAUGAAGCUGGAUCCAAGCACAAACUGUCACAGGAAAUACACCCAAUUGCAAUAGCAAACGACAAGAGCGAUGAGGAGUUCAUCCGGGACUAUCUCAAGCCAAGCCCAGGUUGGACGACGUGGACACAUCCCCUCACACAGAAACCAUACGCACUCGAGUUCCUGUCGUCGCACGAGCUCUCCAAGGACGACUUCAAGGCCUGCUUCGACCUCAUCGAGCUGACCAGCGGCGCCGACUACAAGAACUCCUCGGUGGGAUGGCAUCCGGCCAUGAAGAAGAAGGAGAUGAAGUCGCCGGAUCUGCGGUACAUUCUCGUCAAGGACGAAGAGCAAGGCGCAGUCAGGGGGUUCACGUCGUUGAUGCCGACGUUUGAGAACAACGAGCCUGUGCUGUACUGCUACGAGGUCCAUCUGACCCCCGAACUCCAAGGUUCUGGCCUCGGCAAGCACCUCAUGGCCCAGCUCAUCACCAUUGCGGAACACAUACCGUCUACGAGAAAAGUCAUGCUCACGUGCUUCACGAGCAACACCAACGGCCUCCGGUUUUACGACAAGCUCGGGUUUGCAAAGGAUGACUUCUCGCCCAGGGAUCGGACGUUGAGAGGGGGCAAGGUGGUGAAGCCUGAUUAUGUGAUCUUGAGUCGCGGGACUGCGCAUGGCGGUGUUGAUGGGGGAUGA